UUCCAAAUGAAAUCCAAACAGUGCCGACAGUGUUGCUCACGCUGGGUUAUGUGAUGGUGUGUAGCCUAAGCGUUCGUACGUUCUAAACUCUCGCAACAAUGAGCGUUUUGACUGCGGAUGCAGAAGGAAAGAAGUCUGGUGUUAGAGGUGCAAGUUCGAGAAGAGAUGUACCUCUGUAUGACAGUGGAGAAUCCAUGAUUGAUCGUCAAGGUGUGACGGAGGAACAGCUCAUCAGCAAAGGGCGCAUCACUCCUGAAGACGUCCUGGCGCUGCAACGCGUCACUGAAGACUACCUCUGCUCGCCUGACGCCAAUAUCUACGACAUCGACUUCACGCGCUUCAAGAUCCGCGACAUGGAGACCUCAACUGUGCUCUUUGAGAUCGCUAAGCCGUCCGUGCCUGAUGGGGACUUGUGUGAGGGGGACGAAGGUGCCCCAGAGGAGGAGGAAGCUGACCCCAACGCUGGACGCUUCGUGCGGUAUCAGUUCACUCCGGAGUUCCUCAAACUGCGGACCGUCGGAGCCACUGUGGAGUUCACGGUGGGCUCUCGUCCGGUGAACAAGUUCCGCAUGAUCGAGCGUCACUAUUUCCGAGACCGACUGCUAAAAAUGUUCGACUUCGAGUUCGGCUACUGCAUCCCGAACUCUCGGAACUCUUGCGAACACAUAUACGAGUUCCCUGCCAUACCUCCGGAUCUCGCUCAAGAUAUGAUCGACCAUCCAUUCGAGACUCGGAGUGACAGUUUCUAUUUUGUGGACGAUGUUCUGAUCAUGCACAAUAAAGCAGACUACGCCUACAACGGAGGUCUGCAGCAGCCAUGAGUCACAGACAUUGGGUGUCUGCAGCUGCCUUGAGUCACCCACAGUGGGGUCUGCAGCGCCUUGAGUCACCAGUGGGGUCUGUAGCAGCCUUGAGUCACCACAGUGGGGUCUGCAUCAGCCUUGAGUCACCAGUGGGGUCUGCAGCGCCUUGAGUCACUUUCUGCAAGUGCUCGUGUAAUAAACUCCGGCACAAUUUCUUCUGUAAUAAUGUUACGUGUGGAUGAUUGUGAAAAAUAUAUAUUGCGAUACCUUGAAGUUGGCCCAUCGUAUUGCCUAUCUUAUUCUGCGACACGCUAACCGAUGAGAAGAGUAUUAUGGAUUUUAUAAAUGAAGAUAUAUUUUUUCGGAUAUAUAUUCACCCGUUAGUCGGUCUUUCCCUCCGUGUAGUUAAAAAAUACGAAUUAUACAGGACUUAGGUCCCAAAAAUACCUCCCACCAACUCUCAAAUUAUUUGUCACAUGAUUAAUUAUUAUUCAAUGGUUUUGUAAGGUUCUAUUUAUAUAAAAAAGGUAACUAUUAUGUUGAAACUCACACGAUGAGAUCUUAUUGCAUUUUAAAGAGAGAUCUUAUUAAGCAUAUUAAAGAGAUGAGGUCUUAUUGCAUAUUUUUGCGGUAAACUAAAAUUGCCUACGUAUUAAAAUUAAAUUAAUUUAGGAGAAAAAUCAUUUUAACCCUGUAUGGAGGGCUUCGAAGAACAAAUCGAACAGUUUGGUGGAGCCUGUAUCGCUAUACGUAUAACAGUGACGUCGACAAUUUUCUCGUAGAGCUGUUCAGCCAGAACCGCGAUAAUUCAAGUGGCUUGUUAUUGUCUCUACUGUUUCACUCGUCUUACUUAGGGUAAACUUCAUUUAUUGUCAACAAUAGUAGUGUGUAAUAUCCUGAUACUUGCUCUGGUAUUAGGACCUGCUAAUACCAGAGCACACGAUUAGGACCUACUUGCACUGCACACGAUUUGCAAUUAAUGCACGCUAGCGGACUGAUAGAAAGUAGCCGAGUCGUUCAAUUUAUAGUAAUUCAAAUAGCGUCAGAUGAUUUAUUUUAGAAUGAUCGCUUGAUUUCGAUAUUUAUGUUGUACAAGUUGGGAAUCGUUUACAGCGAACGUGCCUGGCUGUUAUGUCGCCCUCAUGGACAUUGUGUUUACGCUGCUCAAGAAUUACUGCCGUCGGCUAUGAAUGUCUGUUUCGUUUCUGCACGUGCACGUUACUUGUCAACUUUCGCUGGUUGCGUCGAAAUCUUUGCGGAAACCUUGUAUUGUAUAGAGCGCUUUACUUUUAAUUGUUUGUAGUAAUCGACCCAUGAUUGUUACUUAAGCUACAAUUUAUUUGCUUUGGUUUACUGAUAAUCCUUUCUCAAAAUAAAAGAAAUAAAUUUG